UUGUCAUCCGGGUUAGGUCGCUGAAAGCUUCAAACUCGAGGCCGACACGGUUUUAGGGUAUUGCUCCGGUUUGUUCGGGACGUGUUGAAGCAUCGGCGGAAGGGCGAGAUGGUGGUUGCGAGGAAGGCCAUGCGGGAAUGCCCGAAGAAGGUGGCGAGCCUGAUCGACCUCGCCAACCUCCCCUCAACGCUCAGGGAAUUCGCUGGCCAGUCCCAGAUGUCCCACCUCUCCUUCUUCAUCCGCGUCUGGUCCCACAUCAAGUCCAACAAUCUCCAGGAUCCAAACAAUAAGAACAUAGUUAAUUGUGACGACAAGUUGAAAAAUAUAUUGCUGGGAAAGUCUCAAGUCGAGCUUGCUGAACUUCCGAUGCUUAUCAAACUCCAUUUUCCCAAAGCACCAAAAUAACUGAUAUCAUGGAAGCAGACAAUGGACUUAUUGGCAGCAUAAUGAUGAAUGCUCAUGGUGUUGCUAAUGCGAAUUUGUACUAUUUGAUGGUGUUUCUGUUGCUGGCUUCUGCCUCUCAACUCUCAAAGCUGUCUUCCCACACUUGUCAUGCUUCUCAGGUCCUUCCACUUCAAGGUUUCAAGAUAUUCUCAGAAGACGAUCGACCAAGUUAAUCUUCAAGUGAUGGCUCUGAUAGAUUAAUAGUUGGUGGUGAAGGACAUGAUUAAUAGAUUCCAAGGGUUUCAGAUGCUGUUUUUUCACUUGUUUUGUAGUCAAUGGACUAUAAUAUUUGAUCAUGUUUGGAGUCGCGAAGUAGCUCAUGUUGCAUUACAUGGAGGCUAGCUUUUAUGUCAUCCUCUUUUUUCUUAUUAAACUUUGUUCUCUUAUAUGAAGAAAGGAUUUUAUUUAUUCCAUACUUGGGAUGGUGUUUUUCACUUGUUUUAUAGUCAAUAGACUAUAAUAUUUUAAUAUUUGAUCAUGUUUUGCAGUCAUGAAGUACAGUCAUGUUGCAGUAUGUGGAGGCAACCUUCUAUGUCAUCCUUUUUUUCUUAUUAAACUUUGUUCUCUUAUACAAAGAAAGGAUCUUAUUUAGUCCAUAUCUAGUUUCCAUGAAGUUGGGGGAUUGUUAUGGGAAGGUUAGAUGGAAUUCACUACUUUUUUUAUGAUUGUUGUCGUUGGAUCUUUAUUUGUUAUGAUAUUUGUCGUGACGUUGUCAUCAUAAGAUAUUUAUGUCGUAUCUCUAUUUUUCAUAUGCUUUCAUAUUAGAAACUUAUUGCUUAUUUCUAUAGUCAACAUGCCCUGGUUAUGUUGCCGUUCUCGAGGAAGGAGCUUUACGACACUUUCUUACUCACCUGUAUUAGAUUAUUCUGGAGAGAAGGCGAAAUAUGUCACCCUUCAUUGAGUAAUUCAUUCUAUGACUUGCAAUCACCUGUCUUAUGAUUAAAUCAAUCGCUAUCUAAAGCAAUUGCUUAUUAGCAAGAAGCUUUGUUCAAUCAAGUGGGCUAGUUUUACAUGAUAGUAUUUUGAGCAAGGUAUGCCGAAUUGUGCCGAACCAGCCGGUUCAGAGCAAAGCCGAACUGGACCAAUCGGUUACCGGCAUGAUUCAGCUUCUUUAGAAUGGUUAUAAACGGUGAGUCUCUCGUCUCUGUUCACAGCCCUUGUCCCACUAGGAGCCCUCGUCCUCAUCAACGAUGACAAUCCAGAUGAGUCUUCUUCUCAUUCUUUCUCCCUCUCUUCCUCUCUUUCUAUCCUCGUCGUCGGAUUUGGAGUUCUCGAAGCUCCUCGCGACAGCCUCGGCCUCUCUCUCUCUCCUUCCUUCCCUCUCCUUCGUCACCCCCUCUCGCUCUUCCUCCCUAUCUUCUUGAAGUUCCCCAUCAAGGGGUCCUCGGCCUCUCUCUCUCUCUCUCUCCCUCCCUCUCUCCGCCUCCGUCUCCUUCUUCCUCUCCCCCCUCUCCCUCUUGGUGUACUUCAACAUGGUAUGGUAUGGACCUAUAGGACUAGACUGGUUGCUGGCCAGUAUGAGGCUCGGUACUAGUCUGGCAAACCUUGAUUUUGAGCAUGCUAUUUGUUCUGUUUGGUGGCAUGUCAGAAGAGUGGCGCUAUAUUGAAGAUCUGCACCAACAAUAGUUCCAACUAUGAGGUAUUUAAUGUAUUUUUACCCUAAGUUUAUGAAUCUAAUGUCCUUUUUUCUCUUUUUCUAGUGGGGUGGGUGGGUUAAGGAAUCAAUGAACCUAGUUUUUAUCUGAUUAAAAGAUUUGCUAAUAUUUGUGCAUGUGGACUACGUGUACAGUUUUUGUCACCUGAUCUGGUUUUUAUGUUAAUGGAAUAUUGAAUUCAAGCACUUUCUUCCCUCAUGCUUUAAUGUUUAAUUUCUUCUCGUUCACUAUUUAUUUUCAUGUGUAUGUGGAUUCAUAAGGUUUUUGGGUGGUGUUACUUGUUUUGUAGUCAAUGGACUAUAAUAUUUGAUCAUUGGUGGUUGUCGUGAAGUACAAUCAUGUUGCAUGACGUGGAGACUAGCUUUUGUGUCAUCCUUUUUUUCCUUCAUUAAAAUUUGUUCUCUGAUGCAAAGAAAGGAUUUUAUUUGUGCCAUAUUUGGUUUCCAUGAAGCUGGGGGAUUGUUAUGGGAAAUUUAGAUGGAAAUCACUACCAUUUUUUCUAAUGAUGUCAUUAGAGCUUUGUUUGUUAUGAUAUUUGUCGUGAUUUUGUCAUCAUAAGAUAUUUAUGGCAUAUCUCUCUAUUUUUUAUUUGUUUUCAUAUUAGAAAAUUAUUGCUUAUUUCUAUGGUCAAAGGGCCUGGGUUAUGUUCACAUAGUAUUUACAUGAUAGAAUUUGAGCAUGCUAUUUAUUUUGUUUGAUACAGCAUAUAUGCUUUUGACCUUCAUAGAUACAUUUACUUUUACUGAUUGAGCAAUUGAGUAAUUUAGCGAUUAAUGUGAGCAACUAGAAUUUACAUCUUCUGCUAUGUUCUAUGUGAUAUAAUGAAUUGUAUCUCAGGAUUAGGAGCUAUGGUUCUUUUUCAUAUAUAUGAUCUUACUUUGGUCCAUCUUCAUCUUUAUAUGUUAUGUUAUCUUAAUUAUUUUGUUCACCUAUUUUAGUAUCUUCCAUCUUGCUAUCUUCUUCCUUAGUCUGUACUAUAAUAUCAUGUACUUUCUAUUUUAUUGGAAGUUUGGAACCUUAGUCCUUGAAUUACCUGCAGACUGAUACUCUUCUCCAAUUUGUGGUGCUUUGGUGGCUCUGGAUGAUUAUAUCUAUAGUUCCUUUAGCAUGCAAAGAGAUAGGUUUUCUUCUUUUGUUUUAGUUAAUCUAGAAGUUAGGGGUUGCGUAGACCUUUUUUUGUGUUUUAUUAUCAUGUUAAGGACAGAUUUUCAAAUGUUUGGUUUUUUCAUAUUAUUUAAAAAAAUAUAUCUUAGAUCGUAAUGCUUCAGGCCUCAUUUAUCAUGUACCAUUUAUGUAUUCUUAACUCAAAUUAUAUGUUGUUGGAUAUUAAUGCCUCUUCAGUUCAAAGUACAUAAUCUUUUGCUUGACAUUUCAGUUUUAGUUUAUAAAGUUCUCAUUCCUUAUCAUGUUCUAUUUGAAUAGAGUUUUCUUGUUCUUUGUUACACUUUUACUGCUUCAUGCAUUUACUUGUUCAGAUUGUGGGAGCAAACUUGUGAGGAUUCUAUUUGAUUCCUUGAAUGGUGUCUCGGGAUCAAGAAAGGGCUUAUGAUAUAUGACCUUAGGUUCUUUUGUCUUGUUUUGAAUUUACAUAGCAAAUGACAAAUUUUUCUAACAAUUUU